UUGCCCAAGGUGGCUUCCGGAUCCUCCAGCCUGGCAUCCUCCGGUGCCGCCCAGAUCGCCGGGCACAUUGCAAACAUCACCUCCAGCCUCGUCAACCAAUUACCACCCUCCUUCCAGACCACCAUCGAUAGCGCCUCGCAGUACAUCGAGUCUACUACAGGCGUCAACCCGACCGUCUUCUACAGCAGCGCCGCCGCCGCCGCCGUCUUAUUAGGCGCGAUACCCACUGUGUACGCCAAAUCCACGUCUUCAAAACCGGAAAAGGACAAAGACGCAAGUGGGAAGAAAAUGUCUCGGUAUGGCUGGUCAUCGCGUGAUCGAGGUGGCCUCUCACCCUUCGGCUCGACCUUGGGAAGAGAUGGAGGAGUGCCAGCGGUGACGGACGAGGACUACAGCUAUAUCACAUCCGAGGACUUGGAGAACCAUGGCUUGACAGGAGGAGAGUACAAGAGAGAGCCAGUGGACAGGAGCCGACACUACACAAGAUCGACCGGCGGCCCUUCCCUGGUGAUCGACGAGGACGACAUCCUUCUCAUCAAGAACAAGGGCAUCACCUACCCAGAGCAUUUCCCCGCAUAUAGUAUCGGCGAUGGCAAGCUGCUGGUGGGCGACGUGCGGGAGCGGGCACAGAUGGUCAUGAAGCUGUCGGAUCGCAAGGCCCGCAAGAUCAAGCUGCUAUAUAAGGGGCGGCAGCUGAAGGCUGACGAGGAGCCAAUAUGCGCGUUCGGCGUCAAGAACAACAGCGAGAUCCUCAUUGUCCUUCCCGACGGCGACGACGACUCGAGCACGGAGAGCAGCGAGGAGGUCGUGGUGGUAGGGUCCAAGGAUGCGGAGGGUGGGCGCUCCAAGAAGUCCAAGAGCGGCAAGAAGAGGCGGAGCAAGAAGAAGGACAGGAGCAGCACCAGCCCUCGCGACAGCGGCCUCGAGGUGCCCAAGACCGACGGCGCCGGCGCGAGCAGGUCGCAGUCGCCCGUGUCGGGCGUCUCGGGCGGCAGCGCGGCACCCGGCGGGCCCAUCGACAAGCUCAACACCAUCAAGUCGCACUUCACGACCCAGCUGCUGCCGCUCUGCAUGCAGUACACGGCAAACCCGCCGUCGGACCCGAAGAAGCGCGUGGACGAGCACCGCAGGCUGUCCGAGACGGUCAUGCAGCAGGUGUUGCUGAAGCUGGACGAGGUCGAGACGAAUGGCGAGGAGGAGGCACGGUCGAAGAGGAAGGAGCUCGUGAAGAUGGUGCAGGAAGUCCUCAAGGGACUUGACGACGCUAAGGGGUCCUGA